CUUGACCGAUCAACCAUCUCUAUUCCAAAGUGCUUAAACUUCACAGCACCGGACAAAAGCUUGUGUGCUUCUCAAACGGGGCCAUCUUUGCAACUUUUCAUAGGCUGAACUCUCUCUCGCGACCUCUCUCACCCCCACAUCGACGCGAAUAUACAUGUCGGAGGCAUUACGGAGCUCUGAACCAAAGCAAGCGACCUGCUUGUACUUGUACAAGUCGACAUCGAUGCACACGUACAACUUCACCUGCCAGGGAUCGUAACGACUUUCAGCCAUGUCCGACACGCCAGUGACUCGGCCACCCGCGCCCGCCAAGGGCAGUGAGGGCCUCAUACCACAGACACAGACACAGCCCGCCCGGAAACCUGGUCACGAGUCGCCAUACGUACAGCCGAAGACAUACCUCCGCCCUGAGAUCAGAAGCCCAACGAUGGAACCGAAAUCCCUGAGUGUGCUGGACAGAGAGCAGAUGCAAGGCCUGAAAGCAAUCAGGGACUUUCUCAAAGUUCGCACCAGCUACGAUGUCUUGCCCCUCUCCUUCCGAUUGAUCAUCCUCAAUACCGACCUCUUGGUGAAAAAGAGCUUGAAUAUUCUGCUGCAAAAUGGCAUUGUAUCUGCUCCGUUGUGGGACUCUCACACGUCAACCUUUGCUGGCCUCUUGACCACAUCGGAUUAUAUCAAUGUUAUCCAGUAUUACUGGCAAAAUCCCGAUGCGCUGGGACAAAUUGACCAGUUCCGCCUUAGCAGCUUAAGAGAUGUUGAAAAGGCCAUCGGUGUCUCACCGAUAGAGACCCUCUCUGUCCACCCCAUGCGUCCCCUUUAUGAAGCUUGCCGCCGCAUGUUAGAGUCACGAGCUCGGCGAAUCCCUUUGGUGGAUAUCGACGACGAAACCAAACGAGAGAUGGUGGUUAGCGUUGUCACCCAGUACCGCAUUCUAAAAUUCAUCUCGGUCAACGUCGAGCAGACAGAGCUACUCAAAAAGAGUGUCUUUGAAAUUGGUCUGGGGUCCUAUGCGAACCUACAGACUGCCUCAAUGGACACACCUGUCAUCGAUGUGAUCCACAUGAUGGUCGAGCACAGAAUCUCCAGUGUGCCCAUUGUGGACGAAAACAACUGUGUGCUCAACGUCUUUGAAGCAGUGGACGUGAUCACCAUCAUCAAGGGCGGUGCCUACGAUGGUCUAGACUCCAGCGUGGGCGACGCACUAUCCAAGCGAUCUGAUGAUUUUGCCGGCAUAUACACCUGCGGCAUGGACGACCGGCUCGACACCAUCUUCGACACAUUACGAAAGUCGAGAGUCCACCGCUUCGUGGUCGUCGGUGACCAGAACCGCCUCAAGGGCGUCCUUUCUCUCUCCGAUGUCCUGAAAUACGUCCUUCUCGAAGGCGAAGAAUAUGACUGAAGAAGUUCUUUGACUUCCUUUUAAAUAGAGCAUCUGGGGAUAUCUGGGAGGUGGUUUUAUGAGAGGCGUUGCAUAGCGAUAAGGCGUCCAGGUAGUGUAAUAGCUUGCGGGCGACAUCAAGCAUGAUGUCGUAGAUUUCAUAGACGUCCAUGAUGAAGGAUACCUUUUUUUUUCUCAUGUAAUUUGAAAGGCGUGCAGUGCAUCAGCCAUAACUAUAUUCCCCUGAAAAUUUCCACAGUCAUCAGCCAUGACAGGCCAUAAACCCUUUGUGCUGAGAAACCUGUGCCUUUCUGAGUUUGUUAACGUGCUAUUACUCAUUCCCCGCUGCUCCUGCUUGUUAUAUGUAGGUUUGGCGCCCACACAGCCUUGAAACAAGGAAGGAGCGACGGUAUCUUCGCUUCGACACCCUCUGCCCAACUUGGACUCACACCCACAAUGAAUGCAACAUGGUGUGUAUAUAGCUGUACCAACCCAAGAUGGGUCUUCAUUCAACAGCCAGCUAUGGAGCUUCUGGUGUCAUGGCCCGAGGAGUUUCUGGUGAAGAUAUGACCAUUGCUCAAGGCCUCCUGGCAGGUAACCCGCUGGGUAUUCCAUCAAGAAACGGUUCAGAGCUGCAGAGACCACCCAGUAUGAACCAGCAGGGCGAGAACCUUCCACCGGACUAUGCCAAUCAAAGAAGAUCGAGAUACAACUCAACAAGCAACAGUUGGACUUCUUCAAGUGAUGAGGAGACUGAAACCGAUGAUAUUGGAGACCGCACCUAUUAUAUCGAGACAUUCAACAAACUUGCCCACCAGUAUGGCAUCCCUGAG